GCAGGAGAAGCAGCAGCAGGAGCAGCAGCAGGAGCAGAAGGAGCAGCAGAAGAAGCAGGAGCAGCAGCAGCAGGAGAAGCAGGAGAAGCAGCGAUGUCUGCUUUCGUCCACCGGCGGCAGGGCCGACGUUUCCCAAGAGCUGCCUGCCAAGUGCCGCCCUCCACCCGCAGCUAACCGGGUGGUUAAAGCCAUGGAGGAGCGCGCCGCGUCGCGGGCAAGUCGCAAGAAGGAGCUGGAGGAGAGGAGGAGGCAGAGGGAGGAUGAGCGCCUGACGCAAAUGCGGGCGCUGGAAGAGGAGAAGCAGCGCGGUGAGGAGUCUGAGAGGAGGGCGGAGGCGGAGAGACGGAAGGAGGAGACACGGUCACGGAAGCUGAGGGCGGAGGAGCAGGCCCGCCGGGCGGAGCGCCGGAGCCGGCUGGAGGAGCGGGCCGAUGGCCACCGCCGGCGCCGCCUGCUGCUGCGCCUCGGCCUGGGGCCGCUGGCGCUGCUGGUGCAGCACGCGCGGGACAGCUGGCGGGCGGCGCAGCAGCACCACCGGCUCUCGGUGCUCCGUGCCUUCGCCCUGGCAUGGAGCGGAGCCGCUGGCGACGCCGCCCGGGAGAGGGAGCGCCGGGCGGCGAGCCUCCACUCGCGCCACUCGCAGGGGAGGGCCUUCACCACCUGGAUGGAGUACGUGGGCAGCUUGAGACGCGCGGAGGAGGAGGCUUCCGGGACACACGGCAGGAAGCUCGUGGAGAGGGCCUUCCGUGCCUGGCGUGCCGUCGCCACGCAGGAGAGGCGGGCGCUGUGGGAGAAGGAGGAGGCCGCCGUGGGACACGCCGACAGGCGGCGCUCGUAUCGGGCCCUCGCGGCCUGGCGACGGCUCCCGGCGUUGGCGCGGCAAGCGAGGGAGCGGGAGGCGAGGCUUGCCGAGAUGCGGAGGAAGGUGGCGCAGCUGCUGCCAGACUUCCGCUCGUAGUGACGACGAUCGGGCGCGGGGAAGGAGUACCCCCACCCCACCCCCACCCCACCACCCCCCCCGGGGGGGGGGGCCCCCCGGCGAUCCUCCGAAAGCUGUUGAACGAAAAGCGAUUUUGGGCUGCGGGCAAAGCGGGACCGCCCCGACAACCCCCUGCCGUGCAGCCCGCUUUGCUCGGUUAGCGACCCGGCUCUCGCAAUUGAUGGCUCCGUCACCGUCAUCGUCAUCGCCGCGCGGGAAUUUAUAGCAUCGGGACCGCUCCCGAUAUGAUUUUUUUGCCACUGAUGCCAGCCGGUUGCUGGGAAUCGAAAUCCGGUCACUGAGUUUACUGGCCCAGCGCCCAGACCACCGCAUCGCAACAUUACAAAAAAUGUUUUUUUUUUAUAUAUAUACGGGGGGUGUUUACAUUAUGAGACCUCCUUUGCCAGAAACAAGGAGGUCUCAUAAUGUAAAUGCUCACCCCGUGCCCUCACUACUCUGAUA